UCUCUGAUAAUACAAUCCCUUAAAAUUCAUUUUGAAAAUAAAUAAUAUUAAAUAAAUAAAAAAUGGCAGCAGUAAGUCUGCUGAAUCCCAAGGCUGAAAUCGCGCGAGCUGCCGAGGCUCUGGCCAUAAACACAGCUGGAGCCAUGGGACUGCAGAAACUCAUGGCCUCCAAUCUGGGUCCGAAGGGCACCACCAAGAUGCUCGUCUCGCCGGCCGGGGACAUCAAGAUCACCAAGGAUGGCAAUGUGCUGCUCCACGAGAUGAACAUCCGCCAUCCCACGGCCAACAUGAUUGCCAGGACAAGCACAGCCCAGGACGAUUCGCUGGGAGAUGGCACCACGUCCACGGUGCUCAUGAUUGGUGAGCUGCUCAAACAGGCCGAGUUACUCAUCGCAGAGGGACUGCAUCCUCGUUUGCUGGUGGAGGGUAUCAUGUGGGCCAAGAAAAGGGCGUUGGAAGUACUAGAAUCUUUGAAGAUUCCCAUCGAUAUAAAGCGGGAAGCCUUGAUUCCGGUGGCAAGAACCAGCUUAAGAACUAAACUGGAACCUGGUUUGGCCGACAUGAUCACUGAUAUCUGCGUGGAUGCUGUUCUGGCUAUUCGUGGUGAUGGCAGGGAUCUGUUAGAUCUCAACAUGAUUGAAGUAAUGGAAAUGCUUCAGCACACGGGUCUGGAAACUCAGCUUGUUCAAGGUCUAGUUCUCGAUCACGGCGGUCGUCAUGUGAAUAUGCCGAAGAUCCUGCAGGAUGCCUAUAUUCUCACCUGCAAUGUCUCCUUGGAAAUGCAGAAAACCUCUGUGAACUCAGGGUUUUACUACAAAACUGCCGAAGAGGUGGAUAAAUGUGUGACAGAGGAACAUCGCUUUAUAGAUCUCCGUUUAGCCAAGAUCAUAGAACUGAAGAAGCAAGUCUGUGCGGGCAACCAAAAAGGGUUUGUGGUCAUCACUCAGAAAGGUAUCGAUGUGCCCUCCUUGGAGUCACUGGCCAAAGAGGGAAUUCUGGGCCUAAGACGCGCCAAAAGCAGGAACAUGGAGCGUUUGGUCAGAGCCUGCGGAGGAGAGGCCUUGCAUUCCCUGGAGGAUUUGAGAGAGGAGCAUCUGGGCUUCGCUGGAUUGGUUCGCGAGGAGGAGUUGGGCGAAACAAAGUACACUUUCGUGGAGCACUGCCGCAAUCCCACUUCCGUGACAAUCUUGAUUCGCGGUCAAGCCCGUCACCAGAUGGCAGCCAUCAAAGAUGCCAUCCACGAUGGACUCCAUGCCGUUCAGAACGCCAUCCGGGAUGAGUGUGUGGUUCCAGGUGCCGGAGCCUUCGGACUGAGGGCCCACAAGGAACUGCUAAAGGUCAAAAACUGUGUCAAGGGAAAGGCCCAACUGGGUGUCCAACUCUUUGCCGAGGCUUUGCUGGUCAUACCCAAGACAUUGGCCACAAACAGUGGCUUUGAUGUGCCGGACACCAUGGUCAAGUUGACUGACGCCCAGCGGGAGACGGAGGAGUCCGUAGGACUCGACCUGGCAACGGGGGAACCCAUGGACCCAUCAGCCGCAGGCAUCCUUGACAACUUCUGUGUGAGGCGACACAUCCUGGACGCCAGCUCCAUUAUUGCCGCCAACCUUCUGCUCACCGAUGAAAUAAUGCAGGCCGGCAUGACCUCUUUGAAGGGUUAAGCUUUGGAUUGAGCCGUUCCUAAAUAAAAGCACACACCUUUAACCCCCGGAAGCCCACUUUUGAUUGAAGUACUCAAUUUCAGGACUAGUGGGGGUAAACUUUUGACGACCACUAUGACAGCCCAGGGAACACAAAGUUCAAGAGGAACAGGAUAUCCUAAGUUCCAUUUAACAGCUUGCAAAAAACUGAGCUUGUACUCAAAAAAAUAUUAAAGAGG